AUGACCGUCCGUCCGAUCCCCGCUGUAGGACUGGCCUCGGCCAUUCUCCAGCUCCUGGACUUUGCGAUUAAAUGCCUGAGAAAGGACAACCCCGUCUACCAGCCCGGCGAACCUGAAGCGACUCUGCCUGUGGAGAACGCGCAAGUCCUGCAAAAAAUUGUCGAUAAUCUGUACCGCCUUACCGACGCGAUUGACAACAGCGAACUCAAAAAACUGCACGAUGGAAACAAGGGCAAAUUGAGCGAGCCGGCGCAACACCUCCUCAAGCUCAGCGAGGAGACGAAAGAGUUGACGAAUCCGCUGAUUGAUGCGCUUCUUGCGGCCCAGGCGAAAGGCAGUUUUGGCGACCCGAGAUGGGGCACCGCACGUGAAGCGCUGUGCAACGGGGUCUGGAAAGAGAGGGAUGUCACAGGAUUGAAGAAGAAAUUGAGGGCUGUGAGAAAGGAAGUUGAUGUCGCGCUUCUGCUGGCGCUGAGACAAUAUCUCGAUCAAUCCGCUGAGACAGGUCUCCCUGUCUUCAGCGAUGGAAAUGGAGUCACUUUGCCACACUGGGAGAAGUGGCAGAACGAGGCGCUAGAUGCUGUGCAUAUCAAUGAGUGGAAACCGAAGAGUAAGAAGGAUAUCGAAGAGUUCUCAAAACAGGUCGACCAGCUAAUCUCUGCGGCAAACGAGGCACAUUUCUGUGAUCAGAUUUUUGAGAGACUGGCCUUUGACGAGCUGGACCACCGGCUACAGUCUAUUCCUGCCCCGCACGAGGGCACGCUAGAGUGGGCGUUCGAUGACCAGCAGACCGAUGAGGGGGGUGUGCUCGAAUGGCUGGGGAAUCAAAGAGGUGACAAUCUCUUCUGGGUUACGGGGAGACCUGGCGCGGGAAAGACGACACUGAUGAAGAAGCUUUUCCGCAAUGAUCGAAUUUUUGACUAUCUGGAGGCUUGGUCUGGACACGCACCUGGGAUCACAUCUGGGUUCUUCUUCUGGAACUGCGGAACUGAACUGCAGAGAUCUGGGCUCGGACUGCUACGUUCGUUGCUGUACGAAUCGUUGCAGGAUAUGAUUUACGGACCUCUGGAACAGGAUAUAGGCAUCGUCCAGCACGUUUUCACCGACCGAUGGGAGCAAUUCCGAUCUUACGGUGGCGGUCUCUACACGCUCUCGUACGCUGAACUACGCCGCGCAUUCGAACUCAUGAUUUCAGACGCCAACAAGAAGUUUCUCUUCAUGAUCGAUGGCGUCGAUGAGAUUGACGAAGCUAGCGACCUCGUCGACGUAGUUCCCUUCCUCAUCAACGCCAGCAAGAAAGAAAACGUCAAGAUUAUUGUCUCAAGUCGCCCGUCUCCAGCGUUCCAGGAAGCCUUCGAGAAGCGCCCGAGACUGUGGGUAGACGACCACACCAUGAACGACAUCCACGCUUACGUCCUCCACGGAUUCAGUCAAGACGAGUCUCUCGCGAAAUUGCGUGGAAACACUGAUGUACCUGAAGAAAUGGAUAUCGUACACCUGCUUUCCGAGACAAGCAGCGGUAUCUUCCUCUGGGGCAUGCUUGCGACCAAAUUCUUGCUGCAGGAAUUAACGGGCAACGACAACUUCACCACGCUACAAAACCGCGCGGAGAUGUUGCCAUCAGAUCUUGACGAACUUCUCUCACACAUCAUGAGCAACUUCGAACCCACCGACCUCGAGCGAGCGUGGAAGGUCAGCGUCCUGGUCGAAUCGCACGGCUACCCGUCUCUCCUCCCGCUCUCUUUCGCCCUCUCAAGCGACGAGAAGAGCAGUGUGGCAGCAGGGCGGCGUCCGUUGAAACUGGCAGAGGUAGCACAGAGGAUCGACGACAUGCGGCACACCCUGACCUACCAGUGCCGCAACCUAUUCUCCAUCUUCAACACGCAAGCGCCAGAACAACGAACAGCGUCUAUCGAGUCCCCAGAAACACUAAAGGUCUACUACACCCACCGUUCCAUCCGCACAUUCUUCCUCUCGUCGCCCGCGCAAAAGGGCAAGCUCCUCACAAACGACUUCAACCCCACCGCCGCAUGGGCAAACGCGCACCUCAUGACGCUCAAAACCCUCGUCCCGCCCACGAGCAGCGGCACGAUGCCCGUCUGGGCCCCCUUGACCCGCUGUCUAGAAUCCAGCCUAGGCCUAACCCAGCAAACGAACAAACUGCACCUGAGCUACGUCGACAGCGCGCUCGAAACCGCUCUGGCACACCACACGCAGACGCCCAGCAGCAGCUCCUCGUCUUCGCUCGCAUCCAGCAAAAGGCCCACCAGCAGCUACCCGUCGGCCCCUGUGCACAUCACCUCGGACCUCCCGCAGUUCCCGGGCGUGCCGCUAGCCAGCGCCUUGGAUCUCGCUGCCCUGCUGAACCUGCAGCUGUACCUGGGCGCGCGCGCAAAGGACGCGGAUCGCAAGACGGCGCGCCACGCGCUGGACUACAGCGGCGCGGUGCGGCGGCGCAUCGGCGUCGGCGGGGAGGCGAGGUGGUUGGGCAACAAGGAGCCGGGGGGUGGGCGCGGGCUCGAGAGGUUGCGGGCUGAGUAUGGGCGGAGUCGCGCCGAGGCCGAGGCGCUGCUGGAGUAUUAUGCGCAGGCGGUUAGGUGGGGGAAGAAGGCGCCUGUGCUUGAGGUUCCGGAGACGGUGUGA